CUCACAGCUUUCAUUUCUUGGGCUAUGCUGAUUAACUCCAUCUACAACUAAGAAACGAAUCAGGGAAUGGGAGUUAGAAACUGCUAUCCCUGGUGUGACAUGGUUUCCAGGCAGAAUGCUGGAAAGGUCAGAGUGCCUCCCCUUUACCAAGUAGUACACUGGACUGGAGAAUGGUAGAGACUGUUAACACAGCAGUGAAAAAGAUGACACUUGCCUUUUAGAGGCUAUUAAAUGACCAAUGAUGGAGUAAGUGAUAAGGGUCCAGCUAGUCUAGGAGGCAGCUGUUUUUCCUCUUUAUUAACACAGGGAAACCAACAUACAGUUAGAGACUUGCCCACAUUCAAACUUCGUACUACUUUUUCAAACCAGUGGCUCCUCCCAGACGGCCAAGGUUUCCCCACCCGUUCUCCUGACCUGCCCAGGCCUGUGGUUGCUGUCUAGGGAGCUAAGGCUCUCCCCAAACAUAAACUUGGAAGAUCUCACAGAUUUAACAGCCCUGGCCUUUCUUCUCUGCCUUGCUUUCUCUUUCAUCCCCUUCUGCCUUUCCCCUGCUCUUGCUCCCUUCUGCAGGUCUUGGCUGAUUUCAGGAAACUGGUCCCAUCCAUGGACUCCCACUCUGGGGAGCCAGAGCUCCUUCCCUGUGGGACCUGUGACAUGGUUUUCCACUCCUCAGCUCUGUUAGCCACUCACACACAGCGCUUCUGCAUUGGCCACCCGACCCAAGAGACAACAUUUGGAGCACAGGCCUCAGUUGACACUGAACUCCAGCAGGCUGCGGUUGUGCCACAAGAACUCCAGGGCCUCCCAGACCAGCAGACCAGUAAAUCUGCUCUAAAGAGUUUAGCAGAGGAGGUGCAGUGGCUGCGGCUGUCCGUGCAGGAAAUGUGGCCCUGGAUGACAGAGGUCCCCAGGGCGUCUGCGCGGCCCUGGACGCGUUCCGAGGCGCAGCCUCAGAGCCCCUUGUCGGAGGCGAUGGGAAGCCCCAGCGAGCGGCUGCGGGCGCUGCUCAGAACUCGCGCAAGGCGCGUGGUGGAGACAGAAGCUCAGAGCCGGGCCCUGCAGCGACGCGGCGAGGAACUGAGCCAGCGCCUCCAAGGUGUGGCCCGCGUAUCUGUCCUGGAGCGGGAGAUUCGGGAACUCCAAGCUGAGGCCGGGCGGACGCAGGGAGUUCUAGAGGUGUUGGGAGCCCGCGUUCAAGAGCUGCAGACGGAGACAGGGACCACACAGAACUCGAGGCGAGAGACAGAACUCUAUUGUCCAGUGUUAAAGGCCAAUCCGGGAACUCUGGCUGCCGAAAUCUGGGCCCUGCGGGAGGCCUACAUUCAAGGUGGAGGCCGGGACCCCGGCUUGCUGGGCCAGAUGUGGCAGUUGCAGGUGGAGGCAUCAGCACUGGAGUUGCAGCGGUCGCAGACCUGCGGAGGAAGGGCAAGCGCCUCCUCAGGGGAGCUUCCAGUAGUGGAGGCUGAAAACCGGCACCUGGAGGCAGAAAUCUUGGCCUUGCAAAUGCAGAGGGGUCAGGCACCCUUGGGGCCCCAGGAUCUGCGACUCUUGGGAGGUCCCAGCCAUCGACUGAAGGGCAGGAGAAAUCCCCCACUCCUCCCACCACCGCCGGUGGCACCUCUGCUGCCACCACUUCCAGGCUUCAGGGAGGUCUGGUUCUUGAGUGGCUUGGGAAAGGCUGUGAGAACACAGGGUGGAGUCGGGGAACAGGUUGGGGGCAGCUCUGCUCUGAGCAGUUGGGGGAACAUGGGCAGUUACAAGGCUUUCUGGAGGAGUCAACUCUCUUCCCCACAGCCACAGCUUCCUGGAACAAUGACCAGAAACUUGGGCCUGGACCCAUGCUUUCUCCUGCCCACAUCGGACGUCCUGGGCCCUACACCCUACGAUCCUGGGGCUGGGUUGGUCAUUUUCUAUGAUUUUCUGCGGGGCCUUGAAGCUUCCUGGAUUUGGGUGCAGCUAAGGACUGGCUUGGCACGCGAUGGAAAGGAUACAGAAGGGACCACAGCAUUGCCCCCAGCCCUUUGCCUGCCCCCACCUCCCACUCCCGGGCCCACGGGCAACUGUGCCAUCCUUGCUAGCAGGCAACCUGUGCCCAGACUGCCACCCUCACCAUCAGUAUCAUUGGUCUGUGAGCUGCAGGUCUGGCAGGGGCUGGCAUGGACUAGGGCACCACGGCCAAAGGCUUGGGUCUCACUUGGGCUAUUUGACCAAGAUCAGCGGGUGCUAAGUGGCCGGUGGCGCCUCCCACUUCGGGCCCUUCCUCUAGACCCUAGCCUUAGCCUUGGGCAGCUGAAUGGGAUUCCUCAGGCAGGUCAGGCUGAGCUCUUUCUGCGGCUGGUAAAUGCAAGAGAUGCAGCUGUCCAGGAACUGGCAGAGAUCAAUCCAGCAAGUGUCUAUGAGUACCAGUACCCACCUCCGGCGUCCAGCACAUCUUCACUGGAAGCCAACUUCUUUACUCCCACAGUUGGAUUUGCUGAUCCCCCACCUCCUACAGAAGAGCCCCUCAGUGGCAUCAAGAGAGAUGAGGGUUUGGGCCCUCAACAGUUCUGA